AUGUCGAUGAUCGGGGAGCCACAACACGAGCGACCAUCACUAGACGAGAGUCCGAAGACCUUCCUGCAAGUCCAGGUGCAAGACUUUGGGACUUCAAGCCUUGAUAUUGACUUGCAGACGCUGGAGGCCUUCCGCAUUGCGCCGCAGUCGCAGCCGCAGAAGGCAGCAGAAGCAGAGCAACAGAAGCCUCAACGGACCUCGACAAUGACGCCCAUCGCGGACAUGUUCGCCAGAAGGGCCACCACCCUUGCGCCCGCAGUGGUCAACAUGUCUUCGCUCAACAAGUCUUCACCAUCACUAAUCACAUCACCCGUAAACAAACCCGGCAGGGUCCCUGCCGAAGAACGUCGUCCUAGCCUUGCUCCCUCCCAUGCGGCACACGCACCGAGCCCUACCGCCAGCGUAACAAUCAUCAGCUCCAGUCAUGGUCAAUCACACAGCUCAAAGCCAUGGCCGCCCCCUGCGACCUCGCGCGUUGUUGCGCCCAUUCGUACUCAAGUUCUCACUAGCUCGGGCUCCAAACAGCCCAACAGCGCGCAGCUUCGCGAGCCACGACGCGCCGCAUUUGUGCCGUCGAGUCCCGCCCCUAUCAACACUUUAGGGCCUAUCAGCAAGCCCCGCCAAAAUUUCAAUGCCGUUGCUGAGCCGCAGGGGCUUCCGCAACACGCGGAAAAGCGCCAUUCGACGCCUGCAGCGAAGCCGUUGUUGAUUACGGUACCAAGUUCGCUGCCUGCAGAAAAUGCCCGAGCAGAUCGGAGAAGGUCUUGGCAACAGGCGCCGACAUCACACCCUUCAGGGAUGUCGACACCGUCCGCACCACCAUCUGCAUCAGCACCGUGGCGUGGUAUUACCAACCGACAAGUAUCAGCACGCCUUGGAACGGAUCGCCUUGCCUGGAUCCGGGAGCUCGAAGAGUCCAAGAAGAACAGGCCGACUAUCAGCGGCGAUCUCCCUGUGCUCAGGACGAUGCAGGGAAGUGUUGCGGACAAGCUGGCCAAGUUCGAGAGCAAACAGCUACAGCAGCAGCCGGUACCACUCACCCGCUCGAACUCAACCAGGAGUCGCACGACGUCAGUAGCAGACACUUUCUCCUCGUAUGGGGGCAUGACCACAACCCGGUCGUCACUUGAUAGUCACCGCACAUCGUCCGUUUUCUCGCAUUAUGACGACUCGUUCCGCGAGAAGAUGGAGCUUAUCACCGGGAAUGCCAACCGCAAGGCGGCUGAUGACAAUGAAGAAAAACUUGCCCUGACACGGGUCACAUCUACCUUUGUGUCAGUGGGAAAACGGCACAAGCAGGCAAACGUUGACAAGGCUGAGGCGGUUUGA